UACCUGACGUGACCACCUCGAAGUCUUCUGCCUGGCCACCAUGAGCAAGCAGCUGUUGAGCGGACACGUGGUGGAGGAACUCACCAAGGAGGAGCAGAAGGCGAUUGGCUUCAAUAAUUUCGUACACGGAAUAGUCCGCCUCAAGCCCGAGGGAUGGGUGUACCCCGGCACGGCGCCCACCUUCCUUGACAGGAUAUACAACAUGGAGUUCCGACCUGACGACGUCCUGAUCACGACCUUCCCGAAGUCCGGCACCUCUUGGAUGCAGGAGAUCAUCUGGACGAUGGUGCACAACCCCAAGCUGGACAACCCCAAGGCACAGGAAUCACUGUGGCUGCGCUCGCCGGAUUUCAGGUGUGUGGGUACAGGUAAAGGUUUCGGGGACAGUGAGAAAAUGCCCUCGGAUUUUCUUAAAUAUAUUGUCCCCUAUAUUAUCGUGCUUCCAUCUCUUUCUAGCCUGGACAUUAUGUUUGAUCUGAAGACAUUAGGCGGCAAGGCGCCGGAAUCCUACCAAAAAAAGUUUAGGGAACAGUGUCCGGGCAAGAACGAGAAGGAAGGUGUAACCCUCCACCUGGCAGACGCAGAGCCCAGUCCCCGCAUCCUGAAGAGCCACUACCCGUUCACCCUCAUGCCCAAGGACGUCCUCGACAGAGUAAAGGUUGUGUACGUGGCCCGGAACCCCAAGGACAUGGCUAUCUCGCUGUUCAACAACUUCAAAAUGUUUAAAGUAUUCGAGUUCGAGAGCGAAAAGGAGGAGUAUUUCAAAGACAUCAUGAACAACAAAAUGACUCUCGGCUCUUAUUGCCCCUACUGGCCCCACGUGAAGGAGGCGUGGGGGAAGAGGCACCACCCUAACCUGCUCUUCCUCUUCUACGAGGAUAUGAAGGCCGACAUCAUGAAAGAGCUGGGAAGGAUCAACGAGUUCCUGGGAACAGGGCUGAGCCAGGAGUCCCUCGAGAAUGUGGCGCGACACACCUCCUUCUCGGCCAUGAAGUCCCGAGGAGAGCCAAUCACAGACCCAGUGUUCGACAAGAAAGAUGACAACGAAGUCAGAUUCUUCCGAAAGGGCACGACGGGUGACUGGAAGAACCACUUCUCGCCGGAGAUGCAGAAGGAGUUUGACCAAUGGAUUAAGGAAAACCUGGCCGGCAGCGACCUGAGCCUGAGCUGGGCCCUGGCGGAGUGAGCCACGCCAUGGCGCGGCGCCAGCCACUCUUUCGCUCACUCGUGUGAAGUAGUAUGUGGGUGCACUCUUUUAGUUUUCAGAUUUGUAGUGCAGAAUUCAGCAUUCCAAAAAAACUGCUUUAUUUUUUACUAUUAAUGUUAA